AUGUUUCGUCGGAAAAGGAAGAGACUGUUAAAACUUAUUUUGACUGUAUGUGCAGUAAUGUUUUGUGCGUGCAUGCUACUAAGAACGUUCUUCACAACAUUAGAAUUACAAUCUUUCAUUAUCAUUGCUGAAGAUCCCGAAAAAAUGAGAAAGUCGUGGUUUGAACCAAGAAAUGUCAGUAUUCCUAUUGGUCCAGGAGAACAUGGGACUGCGUUUUCCUUACCACCUGGGUUAGACAGAACCAAAGACGAAUUGUACAAAUCAAAUGGAUUUAACGCUCUAGUCAGCGAUUUCAUUGCUUUGAAUAGAACACUUCCCGAUAUCAGACAUCCAAGCUGCAAAUCUAAGGAAUACCUCUCAAAAUUACCGAAAGUUAGCAUAGUAAUCCCUUUUCAUAAUGAACAUUGGACUGCCCUUCUUAGAACUGUUACAAGCAUAGUGAACAGGUCACCUGAUGAACUGAUAAAAGAAAUAAUUUUAGUGGAUGAUUUUAGCAAUAAAGCUCAACUAAAAACGCCUCUUGAUCAAUAUGUGGCACAACAUUUUUCAAAAGUGAAAAUCAUUCGAGCUUCAAAGAGGGAAGGUUUAAUAAGAGCGAGACUACUUGGUGCAAAAGCAGCAAAAAGUGAAGUUCUUUUGUUCCUUGAUUCUCACACAGAAGCCAAUGUUAAUUGGUUGCCCCCUUUACUUGAUCCUAUUGCGAAAGACAGAACGUACGUAACUUGUCCCUUCAUAGAUGUAAUUGAUUUUGAAACGUUGUCUUAUCGGGCCCAAGAUGAAGGAGCUAGAGGUGCGUUUGAUUGGGAAUUGUACUAUAAACGUUUGCCUCUUUUGCCAGAAGAUCUGAAGAAUACAGCAGAACCAUUCAGGAGUCCAGUCAUGGCAGGAGGCUUGUUUGCAAUAGACAAAUCCUUUUUCUGGCAACUUGGAGGGUACGACGAAGGGUUGGAUGUGUGGGGUGGUGAGCAGUAUGAGCUAUCCUUCAAAAUCUGGCAGUGUGGAGGACAAAUGUUUGAUGUGCCUUGCUCCAGAGUCGGACAUAUCUACAGAAAAUUUGCUCCAUUUUCAAAUCCUGGAAUAGGUGAUUUUGUGGGAAGGAAUUAUAAGAGAGUUGCAGAAGUUUGGAUGGAUGAAUACAAAGAAUAUUUGUAUAUGAGAAAGCCUCAUUACAGAAAUCUUGAUGCCGGGAGUUUAACUGAGCAAAAGAACUUGAGAAAAAAACUGAACUGCAAAUCUUUCAGAUGGUUCAUGGAAAACGUGGCUUUUGACCAACCGAAAAAGUAUCCUCCUAUUGAGCCUCCUGAUUAUGCGAAGGGGGAGAUAAGGAAUAUGGCAGGGGACUUAUGUAUUGAUACAAAAUUCCGAAAACAAGGAGAAAGAUUCGGUCUUGAUAAGUGCAUUAGAAACUAUCCUCAUCUAACUGGGGAACAGCAAUUUGUUCUAACUUGGCACAAAGAUAUCCGUCCUAUGAAGAGAGGUUUAUGUUUUGAUGUUUCUAGUUCAGUAAAGCAUGCUCCAGUAGUAUUAUGGAAUUGCCAUGGAAUGCAAGGCAACCAGCUAUGGAAAUAUGAUCUGGUACAGCAAAACUUGGUUCAUUUAAUUACAGAUAAUUGUUUAGAUUGUGACAUUAUUACUCAAGAAAUUUUUAUGGACACAUGUGAGCGAAGCAAAAAGACUCAAAAGUGGAAAUUUGAUGCUAUUAAUGUAACUGCUGUGCUAAAUUGGUGAAAUUGCCACUUGAGGCAUU